AUGCUGCCGACUCGAGUUCUCUUCAAGCGGUCGGUCUGGAAAGGCCCACACAUUGUGCCGUACGACUCUCUCGUCCCUCGUCCCUCUCUUGCCAUUCCCAACGUCGAGGCCGGCAAGUCGGCGCCCCCGAUCCGCACGCAGGCCCGUGCCGCCACCAUCCUGCCCAGCUUCAUCGGCCUCAAGUUUCAGGUCUACAACGGCAAGGUCUACCACGACGUCACCAUUACCGAGGAUAUGGUCGGCCACAAGCUGGGCGAAUUCUCACCGUACGUCCCCUGA